ACAUAUUUUUCACAGAAUCAUGACAACAAAAGUUUUUAUUUGGAGAAAGUUUUUGGGAGUGUAAAUAUUAAUGGUGAAGUGGAAGAAAUGGAAAUGUAUAAUGUUCCUCCUUUAGAGAGUGUUAGUGUUACUUCUGAAAAUAAUAUAAAAAUGGAGAAUAUAAAUGCAAUAUGCAAUGGAAAAGAUACUAACAAUAUUAGUAGUUAUCACUUUGAUGACAUAAACAACAACAUUAAUGUUAACAACUCAUGCAAUGGUAGUGAUGAAAAUAGAGCUCAUCAUGAGGUGGAGAAUUUAUUUCAUGAAGAUUUAAAUGUUGGAGAUUGGGAUUUGGAGGAGUUGAUGAAAGAUGUUUCAUCCUUUCCCUUUCUUGAUUUUUCAAAUUGAUUCAACAAGCAUUUCUCAGAAUUUUACCUUUUUUUAUUUUAUUCUUUAUAUUGGAUGAUAUAUUAAAACCUUUGUAAUAUUUGUAUUUUUGCUAUUAUACAGUACAGAUGAGGAGUAAAUUUCACUGAUUAAUAGGCAUAGGAAUGAAAUAAAAGCUAUGUAAUUAGUCUUGCAAAUUUGUCAAAUUGAGGUCAUUUUUGUAAUUGUAUUUGUAUCCCACAGAAGCCUACUGUAGUUAUAUAAAUAUAUACAAGAAUCUAUCAUAUAUUAUGAUAUGUA